AUGGGAGACUGGAACUUCCUGGGCGGGAUUUUGGAGGAGGUGCACAUCCACUCCACCAUGGUCGGAAAGAUCUGGCUCACCAUCCUCUUCAUCUUCCGCAUGCUGGUCCUGGGCGUGGCGGCGGAGGACGUGUGGAACGACGAGCAGAAGGACUUCAUAUGCAACACGGAGCAGCCCGGAUGCAGAAACGUGUGCUACGACUUGGCCUUCCCCAUCUCCCUCAUCCGCUACUGGGUGCUGCAGGUCAUCUUUGUGUCUUCGCCGUCGCUGGUCUACAUGGGCCACGCUCUGUACAGGCUGCGGGAGCUGGAGAAGGGGCGGCAGAAGAAGAAGGCCCAGCUGAAGAGAGAGCUGGAGCUGGUGGAUGUGGAGUUGAUGGAGACCAGGAAGAGAAUAGAGCGGGAGAUGAAGCAGGUGGACCAGAGCCGGCUCAACAAGGCUCCUCUGAGGGGCUCCCUGCUGCGCACAUACGUGACUCACGUCGUCACUCGCUCGGUGAUGGAGGUGCUCUUCAUGACGGGACAGUACCUGCUCUAUGGGUUCCACCUCCACCCGCUGUUUAAAUGUGAGAGAAGCCCGUGUCCAAACUUAGUCGACUGCUACGUCUCCAGGCCGACCGAGAAGAGCGUCUUCAUGGUGUUUAUGCAGGUCAUCGCAGCCAUUUCACUAUCGCUAAAUAUUCUGGAGAUAAUGCAUUUGGGCUACAAGAAGAUAAAGCGAGUCAUUUUAGACUUCUACCCAAGAUUCAGAGAUGGCUCGGAUGAGUUUGAGGACAGAAAAGAAUCUGUAAUACAAAUGUAUUCCGCCCGCAAGGCAACGAUACCUUCUAGUGACUACAACCUUCUCCAGGGCUCGUACAUUUAUCCCAACCUCAUUCAGACGUCUUCUUUCCAGCCUCGGCAGCAGGAGGACUGCGCUCAGUGCGGAGGCCACAGGUCUGAGAGCUCUCCCACCGCACACGAGCCCUGUUCUUCAGGAUGCAGCGAUGUGGGGACUCUAAAACAACAGGAGGCAGAUCAUAUGCACAGUGUAAAGAACGGCAGUGACAGCACCAGCCCGGAGAACGUCAAACUCUCAGUGAAGACGCUCCAUUCCUCCUCUGUGCCUCCGUCAGUGAGGAAACCGCUGCGAGCCCACAGUUGUUUUCAGUUCUCCACGGUGUUUGAGGGCAGGAGCUCAGACACAGACUCAUACAGUGGAGCUAAGAACAAUAGACGAGUCCAGCUCCAGCUCACACCGCAGACCGCCGUCCUGCAGCUGCAAAGCCUCUGUCACAAGCUCCUCCAGCAGCAGACGAGCGCUGGACCUGCGGAUCUGAGGACCGUCCACACCAGACCUGCGGAUCUGAGGACCAUCCACACCAGACCUGCAGAUCUGAGGACCAUCCACACCAGACCUGCAGAUCUGAGGACCAUCCACACCAGACCUGCAGAUCUGAGGACCAUCCACACCAGACCUGCAGAUCUGAGGACCAUCCACACCAGACCUGCAGAUCUGAGGACCAUCCACACCAGACCUGCAGAUCUGAGGACCAUCCACACCAGACCUGCAGAUCUGAGGACCAUCCACACCAGACCUGCAGAUCUGAGGACCAUCCACACCAGACCUGCAGAUCUGAGGACCAUCUACACCAGCCCUGCAGAUCUGAGGACCAUCCACACCAGACCUGCAGAUCUGAGGACCAUCUACACCAGACCUGCAGAUCUGAGGACCAUCCACACCAGACCUGCAGAUCUGAGGACCAUCUACACCAGACCUGCAGAUCUGAGGACCAUCCACACCAGACCUGCAGAUCUGAGGACCAUCUACACCAGACCUGCAGAUCUGAAGACCGUCCACACCAGACCUGCAGAUCUGAGGACCGUCCACACCAGACCUGCAGAUCUGAGGACCAUCCACACCAGACCUGCAGAUCUGAGGACCGUCCACACCAGACCUGCAGAUCUGAGGACCAUCCACACCAGACCUGCAGAUCUGAGGACCAUCUACACCAGACCUGCAGAUCUGAGGACCAUCCACACCAGACCUGCAGAUCUGAGGACCAUCUACACCAGACCUGCAGAUCUGAAGACCGUCCACACCAGACCUGCAGAUCUGAGGACCGUCCACACCAGACCUGCAGAUCUGAGGACCGUCCACAUCAUCUUGUGUCAGAACUUUUAG